AUGAGCCAGCGGCCGAAGAAACGACCUGCUGCUGCGACUUCAAGGGGUCCGGCAGCAAAGAAGGCCAAGGCGGUCGCAACAGACAAAAGGCAAACAUCUGCCACGAUGUCCGAAGCCAUUGUGCGGCUAUUCUGCGCAGACCGUAAUAUCCGGGGUAAGGUGCUCCAUUACGGUGCUCACAAGAGCUGGGCCCAACAACGCAAGGUCUUCGACGAGGUCUGCGACGAGGCGGCCAAGCUAGUCAUUGAGCAAGACCGCGUCAAGUCGAUUGAGUAUGACGUGGGUAGUUUUGACGCAGCGUGCGACAUCGCUUCUGACGUUCUGGACAGUGACGAUUUGUACAUGGGCCGUGGGGGGCCGGAGAUCAUUCCCUGGAGGCAAGUCGUACUCCGACAGUUUCAUGGCAGGUUUUGA